AUGGAGCCGCACAAGAACCGUUCUGCGUUCUUGACAGGUAUUAACAUUGGUGAUGAGCGAGGUGAGGAAUUGCCUGAGGAAGAGGAUGAAUGCGUCGGCGUCCUUGUCCCGUUCCGUGUGCCCCCGAUGGCACACCGGGUCGUUUCGCAUCGCUAUGUGUCUCUGAAUUACUCCACGAGCAGCAGCAGUACCGUCUCCCGAACACUGCUGAACUGGGAAAAGCAGAUGAUUCUCUCACGGUUGCAGAAAAGCCCAUGUGUGGACAAAGAGGCCUUUCAAGAGCGUCUUUCGCGGAUGAAUAUACGGAACGAUCGUCAAUACAUUCGCCAGGUGUGCGACAGGGUGGAAGAGGUGAAUCAGGCCGAGGCGAAGGCGAGGCAGGCGGCGUUUCUUCGCGCAGAGGAACGGCGCGACUUUAUCUUCUACAAGCACCAGCAUUUGGUGGAAAUCAAGCGACGGGAGCAGACUCUGACUCGGGCGCGGAAGUGGUCUAUCAUCGUCGUGUGCCACGUCUUUCUUGCGGCCCUCAUGCAGGAGCGACGAGUGCAGGAGGCGCUGGACACUUUUAGUUUCCUGUUGGCCCCGAUGAUUCGGCGAUUCCUCGCGCUGCGUGCGCGGCGCAGAGAGGCGGAAGAGCUGACGCGCCGUCAUCUUCGAGACAUCCCCUUUCCCUUUCCACAGGUCAUACAGAGUAUGACCGGCACGUUCUUCGAGGGUUGGCCACCGGUGCUGCUGGAGAAGCUGGUGGAGAAGUCGAAACCGUGCUACCUGCGCAAAGGAAGAUACCUAAUGCACGAAGGAGAUGUGGGUCGCGUUAUGUUCAUGAUCACCUUGGGCACCGUCUCCAUUGUGCUCCGCAAAAAAGGGGGCGACAAGCGCCGCACAAAGGAGAACUCGAGCGGCGUCUUACAGAUCACGGCGCCAUGCUACGCGGGUGAGUUUGCGCUGGUUUGCAAGGAGCCGCGGUCGGCAUCCAUCAUCUGCGAGACGGACAUCGGCUACUGGGCCGUGUCUCCGGAGGACUACGAGGAAGUGGCAAAAUACCUCAGUCCGACGGUAGCCAGCAAGCAACGUGAGGCCACAGAUGUGCGCCGUCGGCAGAACCUCAAGCGCUUUUUCCCGCUGCACGUGGCUUUUCUGCGCAACUUUCCGUACUUUGCACAGUUCAGCGAUAAAAGUCUAACGCAGUUGAUUGACAGCGUCGAACCGAUUGUCCUGCACGACGGCGACUAUCUCUUCCGCGAAGGCGAGUUAGAUUCCUCAACGUACUUUGUCCAGGACGGCGAGGCAGUCUUGCGCGAUCGCGAAGGGGCUGAUCGAAAAGUCUUGAAGGGCAGCUGCAUUGGCGUCUUUGAGUGUUCCUGCGGCGUGAACGAGUCGAAGCGCCACUCCAUAGUGAGCGUGGACUACUGUGACAUCUGGCGCCUGAGCCGAGAUGUGUUGAUUGAGAGAGGUAUGAGCGAGCCAGCGGCGCUGCUACACUGCCGCGACGCAGCCAAGAAGGAUCGAGCGUUGGAGAUGCACAAGGACAAGGGAGCGUUGCAAUGCUUCCGGAAGGACCCAUACAUGUCCUUCUGUUGCCCUCGCUCCACGCUCACCCAGCUUUUCGAGGCAAGCACCCCGACCGUCUUCCUCAACGGUGAGCGCAUCGCCCUCAUGGGAAAGACCUUGAAUGUGCUGUCCGUGGUUAUGAGCGGUGUCCUUGACAUCACCAUGUCACGGAACGAGCAGCACAUAACCAUGAGAGUGCACGUCACAGCUAGCGUCGUCAGUGAUGCGGCUUUUCGAAACGCUAGCGCCCCAUUCCGUGGUCUAAGCCGCGUAAUUGGCGCAUAUGAAUUUGCCUCGUCACUUUCUCAGUACGCGUGCACCGUGACGAGUGUUGGGCUGACAGAGGCCUUCGUAAUCGAGCGGGCGCAGCUAGAAAUGAAGGUGCCUGCUGCCCUCCGUGGUCUGAUGCACGACAGCGUGCGCAGCAGGGAGUGUGUCAGUCGCGCCUACAAACAAGAGAAUGCGGGACUGCUAUACAACGACGAAACCUUGAGCUUCUCACGGCUCUACAGAGAGCUGCGAACCCUCGAGGGUGAGACGCGCAAGUAA